CAACGAAUGAUGGGAAUUUAAUCUAAGAUGGCGAAGCAUCAUCCAGAUCUCAUUAUGUGCAGAAAGCAGCCUGGCGUAGCUAUAGGUCGGCUGUGCGAAAAAUGUGAUGGUAAAUGCGUCAUUUGUGACUCCUAUGUGCGUCCUUGCACACUGGUGCGGAUAUGUGAUGAAUGCAACUAUGGUUCAUAUCAAGGUCGCUGUGUAAUAUGUGGUGGACCUGGUGUCUCUGAUGCUUAUUACUGUAAAGAAUGUACAGUUCAAGAGAAAGAUAGAGAUGGCUGCCCCAAGAUUGUAAACCUAGGAAGUUCUAAGACUGAUCUCUUUUACGAAAGAAAGAAGUAUGGUUUCAAGAAGAGAUAGCAGUUUAUCAUACUUAACUUUUUGACAAGCACCCAAGGUCAAGCUGUGUAUAAAAACUACUAACCCCUCCUGCACAAUAGUAAUGUUAUUGUCAACUUUGAGGUGGUUAGUUUGCCCUUAUGAUUGAGGAAAUGUAGGAUCCUGACUUUCACUUAUCAAUUACUUUGACCUUUUAUUUUCCUUUCCCAUUACAGUUAAACCUUUUAGCUCCCAGCAGUGAUUAACAUGUAACUUCUCCCCUUAAUGUUCAUAUAUUGUGCAGAAAAGAGGUAAUCAAAAUGCUUAAACCUAUCAGGUAAAAGUUUUUAUCUUGAUCUAACACCAAAUCCUUGUAACUUAUUUAUAAGGAAAUUUAUGGCAGCUUGAGGGGAGAAUUAGCAGUCAGAUCAUGGGAGUUAAAGGGUUUUAAUGGACAGUCUCAACUUAUUAUUUGUAUCUCAUUUUGAUUUGUACCUUGGUUUCAUUUAUUACUUACUGUAAGAGAUUGAGAGAGUUGUAUCAGUGUAGACCCAUGCAUUGUUGAAGACAUUUUCAUUCAUUCAAAGAAGAAAAGUUUAGUAAAACACUUAGGAAAUGUCAAGUCUUGCAAACAUAAUAUUUUUAAGGUCAUUAAAAGUUCUUGUAGUUGUGAA